GACACAAUGGAUUGGUUGUAUUGUCGCUUCCCUAUAGUUGGUAACAAUGAGAAAUGCUUGGGCUCUCAUGAAAUUCAUAAGUGAAAGCUCCAAAACGUGCCUUCCUUAUUAUCCAGAGUGACUGUCAGUUGAGCAGCUCGACGACUGCACUUUCUCAACCAACCCUAUGACGUUCCUGUUAUACAACGGCAGCUUGCUCGCACCUUCCGCCAGCGAAGAUGCUCACUUAGAACUACAUGAAGUGACUGCUGCGUCUACACCCUCAACUUCUCUACAUUACUGUUACCGUCGUGCAUCAAUCACCGUACGACAUUCUCGCAGCAGCUCCUCUAUAAUCACGCAUCAUGACGGCACCAACUACAGAACAGACGAUUACUACAGCUAAUAGCAAGCAUGAAACAGCGAAGAAGUGGCUGCGGCGACAUCUGCGCAAAGUGGCAUCGCGCCAAACACUGAAGAACGACGACGACUCAAACGAGAUGCAACGAAAGAAUUCCCUCCGGCGUCCGCGCACAGCACCUUCAACAGAGCUUGCACAAAAUCUUGACGAUGCGCCAGCAGUUCCACUGGUCCCAAUUGAUGUCGAGCAAGGUUCACCUCGGGCGCCAGUCUUACCUCCAAUCCGUCCCGCAAGACCAGAUUCGGGCAUUAUACGGGAUGUCAAUGCCUGGUUGGAUGCCAGCGUAAACACGCCUUCGCCUCCUCUGAUGGGAGGACUUCCCUACUGGAGGGCGGCGACCAGCCCUGGUGUCAAGGAUACACCCGUGGCGCAACAUGCCGUUCCGUUGACUGGAGCACUCGGAAUCGCCAGGCCAUCGACAGCCAACAGCCAGCAAAGGAUAGCCUUCCGUCGUUGCGCCAAGAAGAUGCAGGUUCAGAUACCUUCACUUCUGCGUACUAAAUCUCAACGCCAGGGCGAUCGAAAGCACAACAGACAAUCGGCGUCGAUGCCACUCUUAGCCGUCUCCUAUGAGGAUGUCAAUGAAGCCGCCGCUCCUAUGCUCAUGUCUCGGUCUGGAUCUUUCCUUCGUCCCGCCAUGCAGCCGUCAACACGGUAUCCCUCCACACGAACUAGUGCUCUUGUAUCGGUUGAUGAACAGCCGCGUGAAGAUUUACCCUUGCGUACGGGCACACCAGGAAGUGUGCGACUUGGCGAUACUGAGAGUGUCUUCGAGCGGCGCGUCAACGCCAUAUUCAUGCGUACGGCACGUAGCGCGGACAGCACUCGACCAUCAACGGCAGCUGCCUGUCUUACUCGAGAAGACUCCAUGGGCGAUCUGUCUGAUGCACCGACGUACAUUUCUGGGCUACCACCGCCGUCUUACCGUUCUCGCCCCGAGUCUGUUCUCACCACCUCUUCCUUCGGCUGCAUCGAUGGUAUGAACCCUGCGCAACGCCAGAUCAGUCAGCAGCGAGCAGCGCUACAGCGAGGAAUGAAAUGCAAGCUGAAGAGGUUCGCUCAUACAUUUGCGAUAUGAAAAGCGAUGACAGAUGAGCAAGUUCGAAGUGAAGGCAACACCAAACAGAGCGCGACACCAGACCACGAUCACGAUUGACGAACGAGAUGACGCAAAGAUUAUGAAAUACACACCAUAAGACUGCUGGGGUUUGAGGGCUGGCAUCUUCGUAGAUACAAAAGAGAGACAACCCCGAACAUUUGAUCCUACAGCUGGCACACUGGGAAACUGCGCAAUGCGCGCGAUUAUGUAUCAAGAUCAACGCGAAAUACU